AUGUCGUCAAACAGAAAACGUGUAGUGCUUACUAUGAAAGAAAAAGUAGAUAUCAUUGCGCGGUUGAAAAAAGGCGAAACAGGCCGAGCAUUGGCCGAAAAGUAUGGUGUUGGAACAUCCACUAUUUCAGAUAUAAAAAAAAAUGCGGACUCUAUCACCAGGUACGUGAAUAAUCUCGAUGAUGCAAACGGUUCUUUAACACGUAAAACAAUGAAAAAACCUAAAACAGAAUUAUUAGAAGAUGCUGUGUUUACUUGGUUUAUGCAAAAUAGAGCAUCUGGACUGCCUAUAUCAGGUCCUUUAUUAUGUGAAAAAGCAUUAUAUUUUAAUAAAAAACUUGGAGGGGAUUCAUCAUUUGUGGCAAGUAGUGGAUGGAUGAGAAACUUUAAAUCACGCCAUGGGAUUCGACAAAUUGAGAUUCAUGGAGAAAAGUUGAGUGCAAAUACCACUGCAGCAGAAUCGUUUUCUCAUAAUGUCCAGAAAUACAUCAAAGAAAACAAAUUUGACAUGGAUUUCAUCUACAAUGCAGAUGAAACGGGCCUCAACUGGAAAGCUUUACCAUCGAAGUCCUUGGUGUCUCAACGUGAGGCAGCAGCUCCAGGAUACAAAUUAAGUAAAGACCGAGUAACAGUUAUGGUAUGCGCAAAUGCUACCGUGAAACAAUUUCAGCAAAAUAUAGGAAAAGAAGGCAAAGUUUUACUUUUGAUAGAUAACGCUCCAUCCCACCCUUCAACAGAAACUUUAAAUGCCAUAAAUGAUAAAUUUGAAGUAAAAUUUUUUCCUCCCAAUGUUACUUUUCUGAUUCAACCUAUAGACCAGAGUGUUAUAGAAACAUUGAAAAGACUGUACAGAAAAGAAUUAAUGCGUCGCUUACUAUUAGAUGACCAAAAUGACGAGGAAUCAUUUUUAUCUUUUUAUAAAAAAAUUAAUCUGAAGGAUUGCUGCUACAUGCUUGUUGGAGCAUGGAAAUGUGUACAAAAUUGUACUUUAAAAAGGUCAUGGAAUAAGUUACUGAAGCAAGUUGAAGAUACCCAAAAUGUGGAACCAAAUGUUGAAAUAGCUGAAAUACAAGAGUGUAUAAGCCAAGUUCACGUAUUUAGCGAUUGUGAUGAAGAGAAUAUAAGUGAGUGGUUACUUAUGGAUACAAAUGAUCCUGGAUAUCAAUUACUUUCGGAUGAUGAAAUAGUUCGUAACUUAUUUGAAGAAGAUGAAACUGACGAUUUGACUGAAGGUGAAAAUGGGCCUUCUCAUUCUGAAGCUUUUGAUGCAUUGGAUUUGGCGUUUAAAUGA